AUGGCGUCAGAGGGAGACCAACACAAACUUCACAGAAAAGGUGUUACGGUGUACAGCUCAGUCGCUGAAAAUCAAAGAAACACUGGUCACCUGUGUGGUUCAAUAAACUCAACCAGUCCAGAUGUGACGUGGGUGACAUGUGACGAUACAGCUAGAUACAUCACACUCUACCGAGAUAACAACAACGGAUACACGCCGAUGGACUUCUGUGAAGUCCAAGUAUUUGUAUGUAAUGCUGGCACUUUCGGUCAUGACUGCAGCCAGUUCUGUCACUGUGAAGAUGGAACGUGUAACUACGUAACUGGAGAAUGUACGGGAGGAUGUAAAUCGAACUGGACUGGACGCACCUGCAGUGAAUGUUCAAAAUCUACAUACGGUUUCUGGUGUGCAAACAACUGUAAUCAGCGAAAUUGUCUUGGAAACUCGUCGUGCGAUCACGUAACUGGGAAAUGUGAUCAAGGCUGUGAUCGAGGGUAUCAGGGUGAAGAUUGUGCAACGGAUGCCUAUAUAAACUGGGAAUCAACGCACAAUCUUCAGAACUCGAAGUUAGAGUAUCUCCUGUCCAGCACCGUCAGAAGUUACCACGUCAACAAGGCAUGA